AUGUUGGCCCGUCGUGUAUGCGCACCCAUGUGCCUGGCGUCUGCCCCGUUUGCGCGGUGGCAGUCAUCGAAGGUAACUGGUGACGUGAUUGGUAUUGAUUUGGGUACGACAUACAGUUGUGUUGCAGUAAUGGAAGGUGACCGGCCACGCGUACUUGAGAAUACAGAGGGUUUCAGGACGACACCGUCUGUGGUUGCGUUCAAAGGACAGGAAAAACUUGUUGGCCUUGCAGCGAAACGUCAGGCGAUUACGAACCCACAGUCGACAUUCUUCGCGGUGAAACGGCUGAUUGGUCGUCGCUUCGAUGAUGAGCACAUCCAACACGACAUCAAGAAUGUGCCCUACAAGAUUAUUCGGAGCAAUAAUGGUGAUGCGUGGGUGCAAGAUGGGAAUGGGAAGCAAUACUCACCUUCACAAGUUGGUGCAUUCGUACUUGAGAAGAUGAAGGAAACGGCAGAAAACUUCCUGGGACGCAAAGUAUCUAACGCUGUGGUGACGUGCCCCGCGUACUUCAAUGACGCGCAACGUCAGGCAACGAAGGAUGCCGGUACGAUUGCUGGACUGAAUGUGAUCCGUGUUGUGAAUGAACCGACUGCUGCUGCACUGGCAUAUGGCUUGGACAAAACGAAGGACAGCUUAAUUGCCGUGUAUGAUCUUGGUGGUGGAACAUUUGAUAUCUCCGUACUUGAAAUUGCCGGAGGUGUUUUUGAGGUAAAGGCAACGAAUGGCGACACUCACCUUGGUGGAGAAGACUUUGAUCUCUGCCUCUCUGAUCACAUUCUGGAGGAAUUCCGCAAGACAUCUGGAAUUGACUUGAGCAAGGAGCGGAUGGCACUGCAGCGUAUUCGUGAGGCUGCAGAAAAGGCGAAGUGUGAACUUUCGACGACGAUGGAGACGGAGGUAAACCUUCCGUUUAUCACAGCUAACCAGGACGGAGCGCAGCACGUGCAGAUGAUGGUGAGCCGCAGCAAGUUUGAGUCCCUUGCUGAUAAGCUCGUACAACGUUCACUUGGACCGUGCAAGCAAUGCAUCAAGGACGCUGCUGUUGACCUGAAGGAAAUCUCUGAGGUUGUGCUUGUUGGUGGUAUGACGCGUAUGCCAAAGGUUGUGGAGGCUGUGAAGCAGUUCUUCGGUCGCGAACCGUUCCGUGGUGUGAACCCUGACGAGGCCGUUGCACUGGGUGCUGCAACACUUGGUGGUGUUCUCCGUGGUGAUGUGAAGGGUCUUGUAUUGCUUGACGUUACACCACUAUCACUUGGAAUCGAAACACUUGGUGGUGUCUUCACACGUAUGAUUCCCAAGAACACAACAAUCCCGACGAAGAAGAGUCAAACCUUCUCAACUGCUGCGGACAACCAAACACAGGUCGGAAUCAAAGUGUUCCAAGGGGAACGAGAAAUGGCAUCUGACAACCAAAUGAUGGGUCAGUUUGACCUCGUUGGAAUUCCUCCUGCACCACGCGGUGUACCACAAAUUGAGGUGACAUUUGACAUUGAUGCUAAUGGUAUUUGUCACGUAACUGCGAAGGACAAGGCAACUGGGAAAACACAGAACAUCACCAUUACUGCUCAUGGUGGGUUGACGAAGGAGCAGAUCGAGAACAUGAUCCGCGACUCUGAGAUGCACGCUGAAGCUGACCGUGUGAAGCGGGAGCUUGUGGAAGUGCGUAACAAUGCUGAGACUCAGGCUAACACUGCUGAGCGACAACUGACGGAAUGGAAGUACGUGACGGACGCUGAGAAGGAGAAUGUGCGUACCCUUUUGGCUGAACUUCGCAAGGUGAUGGAGAAUCCAAACGUGACGAAGGAUGAACUGUCGGCUUCUACUGACAAACUGCAAAAGGCAGUGAUGGAAUGUGGUCGCACGGAGUACCAACAGGCGGCAGCAGCGAACAGCGGUAGCUCUGGUAGCAGCAGCACAGAAGGUCAGGGUGAGCAACAACAGCAGCAGGCAUCUGGUGAAAAGAAGGAGUAA